AUGACGGCGUCUGUAGGAGAGAAGUCUCCCUCUGCUUGGGCUAGCGUCACCCCGAUGCUGUUCUUCUCUUGCUUUUGCCUGCUGGUGGGAGAUGUACUCUUCGGGUACGAUACCGCCAGUUUCGGAGGCAUUCUAGCCAAUCCGGGCCUUCUCCGACAAUUCGCUACCCACAAUCCCAAAACCCACACUUACGCAUUUGAACCUUUAUACGUCUCCCUGCUGUCCUCUUUAGCCGUUAUCGGCAAGUUCGUCGGUUGUCUGAUUGCCGGUCCGUCCAUUGAGAGGUUUGGACAUCGCGCAGUCUUCGUUGCCCUGUCUAUCAUCUCUAUCAUUGGUGUUAUCAUUGAGAUCACGGCUGCGGAUGAUGGAGUAGGCACUGGGCGCUACGCACAGUUCAUCGUUGGUCGAAUCAUUGUCUACAUCUCCGUUGGCCUUGUUGAAGUCGACGUCACAACCUACCAAUCCGAAAUUGUUCCGCCAGCUUUGCGCGGUUUUGUUGUCAUCUCACUCCAGCUGUUUCUGAAUCUUGGAUCAAUCAUUGCAGUUGGGCUAAAUAAAGCCUUUUCGACGUACACUAGUGGCCUUGGCUGGAAGAUCAUUACCGCUAUUCAAUUCGUCUUCCCUGUUUUUAUUGUUAUCUUCAGCUUCCUCAUUCCUCAUUCGCCUCGCUGGCUAUUACCCAAAGACCGCGAGGAAGAAACUCUUGCAGCUCUUAAGCGUUUGCGGCCCAAAGCAGAUGCUGAGGAUGGUACCUGUGAGGCUGAAAUCCAGACAAUCCGCGCGGCACUUCAAGAGCACGUACACAAGGGGCCUUGGAUCGACCUUUUCCGCGGUACCAACCUUCGACGAACCAUUCGUCGAAACCUCCUCCUGGCCAGCUUUAGCCUCCAGGCUUUCUGGGUGAUGAUAUUAGCGGGCGUUGGUUCAAAGGCUCAGAAGACCGCCCCGGAGAACAACCUUGUCGUCGCGUCCCUUAUGCUUUUCUCACUCUCAUAUAAUGGCGGUGGAGCAGCGAUCCCCUAUCUUCUUGGAGCCGAGCUUCCCAAUGCUGCCCUUCGCGAAAAGACCCAAUCUCUAGGGGCGGCGUGGAAUGUCAUCUGGGCGUUUGUGACCAACUACGUGAUCCCUUACAUGAUCGCCAACCUUAAAUUCGGAACUGGUUGGGUGUUUGGCGGCAUCUCCAUCUCGGCGCUCAUCUUCACAUUUUUCUUCCUCCCUGAGACUAAGGGCCUGGCCCUCGAGGAUAUCGACAAGAUUUUUGAGACCCGAUUCAAUCCAUUUCGACGUGAGCCGUCUGCUCUCGCUGAUCCCGAACACCGAGUUAAAGAGUUGACGGGGAGACCGAUAUUGACCGUAAGGGAAAGGCUUACUCGGAUAUCCAGGACGGCAAACCCGUUACAAGCCAUAUCUAGUGCAUAG